AUGUUGGCAGACACGUUGGCGUUGGCGAACUGCGGGGCACAGUAUUUAGGUUCUCAUGAUCUUGACAAGUGCACGAUGGAGCGGCUCGAUACACAUAAUCGAUGCCGAGAUCAAGAACGACGACGGCUGGACGUGAAGGCAGCCAACCUGGUUCUUACGUGGCGAUGUCAGCGGCUCCCGACGCAAGGGAUGCCACCGCUUGAGCUCAAGACCAGUGACUACCUUAUUCCUGAGCUACAGGACCUCCGAAAAGCUGGCGGGUCAGCUGUACAGGCUGCCACAGAGGUGAAUGAAGACGCUUUACGCGCUGAGAUCAAAAGAUAUUCGAUAACACUUCGACGACGAGUUGAGGUACGUCAACAAGAGCUCGUGCGCGAUCUUCAGCGCCAUCAACGCAGCAACGAGACCUCAAAGAACGCAAGAAAUUCCGAGAUCUCCAAGCAUUUUGAUACUUCAGCCGACCCCCCCACCAAUCGCAUCAUCACCAUGGAGACGACCGCCACGCCCGUUGACGCCGCUGCCAAUGGCUCCAGCGCCGACGCGACCGUCAUUGAAACUGAGAAAACGCAGCUGGAUAACCUGAUGGAGACUGUGGACAAGAAUCCGCUGGAUUUUAACUCGUGGGUCAGUCUACUUGCACUUGUGCAGAGUGAGUCUGAUACGCCACGUGAGACAGUGGAGACCACAUACGACCGCUUCUUGACCGAGUUCCCGCUCUGCUUCGGCUACUGGAACAAGUAUGCUCAAUAUGAGUAUCGCCUUGGCAGUAGGACAAGAGAAGAUGGAUUGGGCACUGUAGCAACACAAGGAGAAGCCAAGCAGAAGGCGUGUGAAGUCUACGAACGAGGUGUCGUGGCAGUCCGAUACAGUGUGGACAUGUGGAUGAAGUACUGCGAGUUCCUCAUCCACACGUUGCACAGUCCCGUGGACGAAACACGACCAGUAUUGGAGAGAGCGGUGGGUGCGUGCGGAGGUGACCCUUUGGCUGGUCCGCUGUGGGAGCUCUACAUUCAACUGGAGACGGUCAACAACGACAUGCCUCGCCUGAACCAAGUUUUUAAGCGUAUCAUGUACCAGCCACUGCGUAAUCUUGAGGAGUUCUGGGAAAAAUACAACCAGUUUGUGCUAGCGCAGCAGCUGAGCGCACUGGCGACGUCUGAAGAGCAGAAGGCGCUUGCUAGUGAUGGCGACGAGCUCAUGGACGAGGGAUUGUUGCGAGUGAAGAUCGUUAACGCAGUGGAAGCCGUGAAGAACAAGACGAUGGAGGAUAUCUACCGUCGUCAGGCUUUCGAAGCUGGGAUCGACCGCAGCUACUUCCACGUGACGCCAGUGACGGACGCUGCGAUGAAGAACUGGCACAGCUAUCUCGACUUUGAAGAAGCUGCAGACAACUACGAGCGCUGUCAGACUCUGUACGAACGCUGUCUUAUUUCUUGUGCCAAUUACGAGGAGAUUUGGCUCCGUUACGUGUCCUGGGGCGAGAACGUGCACGGGUUUGCAGCAGCUGAUGCGAUUUUCCAGCGAGCAGUGACCAUCUUCCUCAAGUACCGCGCUUCUAUCUACUUGGAGUACGCUGCGUUCUUGGAGGCUCACAACAAGCUGCAGAGGGCUCAAGAUACGUACAUGAAAGUGCUAUCCGACGUGGCUCCGAAGCUGGCAGAGGCGUUCUUGCACUACUGCAACUUUGAACGGAGACGAGGUGAUGUGGAGACGGCAAAGACGUGGUACGAACGAGGAAUGGGAGCGGUGGAUAAUGAGGUGGAAGUGUACGCGUAUAUCGCCACCUCGUACGCUACGUUCCUCCUUAAGAUUCUUGGCGACGCAGCUGCGGCUCGUGCGGUGUUUGAGCGCGCAGUGCAGCAACACAGCGAGUCGGUGCUGCUUUGGCUGAACUUCAUUCACUUUGAGCUCAGUAUGGGCGGUAAGAAUGCAGAAUUGCUGUCUCGAGUUGCCCGUGUGUACGAGCUAGCGUUGGAAGAUAGCAGCAAUCUCUCGAUGGACGAAAAGAACGACGUGUGGUUCCAGUACGUGGAGUUCUUAGAGAAUUGCGGAGAUAAUAUCGCUCAAGUGCGCGAAGCUCGCAAGAAGGAAAUGGCCUGGAAGCUCAAGAACUCUCAGACUCGUAACCGCACGAUCAAGGUGUUGAACUUCCAGCCUAGCUACGAAGGUGACGUGAGUGGAUAUAACUCCAACGUGGAUGUAGGAACGAAGCGUCCUCGUUACACAGCUCCACAGACUCUCGUGGCUAUUACGACACCCGUAGCAGCAGUGGCAGCAGCGACACCAGACGUGACGACUCCGACAGCAACAUCGGCGGCUGCAGCCUAUUACGGCUAUCAGCUCCAAGUGGAGCUCGAGCUUAGUCUGGAGACGAGUGACUGA